AUGGCAUCUGAACUGGUAGGAAAACAUAUUGAGUUUUGCUGUCAUUUAAAAAGAGGAGAUGCUGAACAUGGUAGCAGCCCUGCUUAUGAAUAUGUGAAAUUCAUCCUGAGUAUAAAAGAUAUUUCUAAUGAGCCUUUGGUGCUCUUCCGUAGCUUCUUCCCCAGCUGGUCCUGUGAGUCGUCUGCCACAAAUCUUUCUUUGGAGAAUCGGUUUUUUCUGGUGGGGACCGUUUGUAUCUUCAGGGUUCAAACUCUAAGGGGCCUUUUCACUGUAAAGGAGUCCAAUGAAGAUGUUCUGCUGGUCCCAGAUUCGGACGAGGAACGUCUACCUGUGGCCCACAGAAGCGUUCAAGGCCAAAGAAGACGUUCUAGAAUGGAACUCCUGCAUGCUGAACCUGAUGCUCCUGCCUCAGAAGGUCAAGUUGAUAUUGUAAUGGCUGACCAGUAUGGACGACAAAAAUCUGUUCGUGUCAUUAAAAGAAAGUCUGUUACAUCUUAUGACUCCACAUCCACCUUGGAAACCAUACCUGAAUUGCCAGCAACAUCAUCUUUGCAGAGCUUUGAACUCGAACCUGAGGUGGGACGUGUGGAGCAGAUGGACCAGAUGGGUGAGAUGGAGCAGGUGCACGAGAAGCAAGAGGUGGACCAGUCACUACACCCACCACCAUCCAUCACAUGGUACAUCAACAGAUGGGAGAUGGAGCUGAUGAAGAAGUUCCAGAAGCAGCAGGAGAAGAUGACGCAGAUGCUGCAGGGUGAGAUCCGGAACCAGAGCCGCACGCUGGAAAUGUUGAAGGAGCAGCUCAAGGCAAUGCAGGAUUCCAAGUUCCAGGUCAAAGGCCAGUUCUAUAUGCAGCCGUCUACCUCACGCCACAUUCACAGUCCUGAGCCCCAGUCUUUGGAGCCAGUGCCCAAGAAACAACUCAUUGAGCCAAUGAACAGGUCCUUCCCAGACGUCCGGGAGGCCAAGCGUUUCUGUGGACCAUAUUCAUCCCAGUCCUUCCAGUUCCCUGAGGAGCUUGAGGAGCCCUGUGACGCCUCUUCCCAGCAGCCCGCUCAGGAGCUGGUGCAAUGCCCGCCACAGCAAGAGGGGCUGCAGGAGCAGUCACAGCAGCAUAAUGUUACUGUGGAGUACCCUGUGCUGCAAAUACUCCUGCCAAGCCAGCCUGGCCUCUCCUUGCCCCUCAGUGAUAACACCCAUAUGUUUAUGCCGACCCAGCCCACCACGGCUCCUGUCCAAUUAGUAGCUGAGCAGCAGCUCUCUGGCGACGAUCAUGGUGCAAGCCUUGGGGGCCAGGAAGACAGGAGUCAUAGUUUUCUUCCUGAGGUCCAGCAGGGGCCCUGCCUGGGUCCAGUGGUCCUGGAACAAACCCCAAGCUCUGAGAUGAUUUCUUCUACCAUCAUCCCUCAGUAUCAGACAAAUUCUGACUCAAACAUAGUCACGCUGCAGGUCCCAGAGGAUUACAUCCAACUUUGGCAACAGCCGGAAGACCCAGAGCGUCACCUUUACCUCCAAGUUAAUACUUGGCUUCCCAGUGAGCAGGCCUCCCUGCAGGACCAAGUUACCUGGGUCCAGCAGGCACCAGCCCCUGAGGCAGAAGUCCAGGGCUCUUCAGGUCUACAGCCUUCCCAAGACCACGUGAAACAUGAGCCAGACCAAAUCGGCUACUUCAUGCCUUCAGUGCAGCCCGACUUGCACGAGUAGCAGCAUCACCUGUAUUUUCCUCU